AUGUUAAGUGAAGGUACAAAAGAUUUCAUCGAGAAAGAAUGGAUUGGUGCUGGAAGACCACAUAAUAUCAUCUGUUCCCAGUGCCUCAAGCCGGGAAAUUUAAGCUUGUGCUCGACUUGCUGCCGCUCUUAUCACUAUGUCUGCCUGGCAUCACCGCCAUCUGUAGAGGGGGCAGCAUCAUGGUCAUGUCCUUCCUGUCAGGAACGCCAGACGGCUCUGCAAUUUGAAUAUGAUCGGCUAUCUGAUCCCACCAAUGUGUCGAUGGUAGACAGAAACCGUGACACUUCCGCAGGUGAUAUUUUCGCAGCCACCUUUUCAGAUCCUGCCUACACCAUGGCAAAAAGAUUCCUUUCCAACCACGGUCUUGCCAACAAUAAUGCUAUCACGGCAGAUUUUCUCAACGACUUGCAACAACUGAUAGUCAAGUCCGAACUUGCGUCUCACAAAGAUACGGAACUGUUGAAGCUACGGCGUGAGAAUUCGCGGCUUAUGACAGAGAUUUCCAGGAACCGAGCUGGGUCUGAGCCUCAUCAAUCCCAUCAGUUCCAUCAGUCUCAGCACAGCCCAGUCUACAAUUCACAGCAAGGCGCUUCUGCUCCUCCAAGUUAUCCUCCAAGUAAGGCUGAGAUCUCAAAGUUAGAUGUCUCGGACAAGUCUUGGGAUCGUAUCAUAAGCGAGGCUUUCUAG